UCCAGUUUAUAUAUAUAAAAAAGGUUAAUGUAGCGUGAAUUAAAAUUCAUAUACAGAGUAAAUCCUUCUCACUGAACAUGUUAAAAAUAAGUUUGAAAAAGGUUGUGGGAAGCGUGGAGGUGGUGACGCUGAAGGCGAGUGUCUGUGGUGCUGUAGUUCGUUAUAGCCUAAGUUUAACUUUUAAGUUUUGGCGCUUUUAUUUAGGCUUCAAAAUUCAUCAGAGUUAUAUUAUUUUGUGAAGAUUAUCGUGAUGGACAAAACGUGUAGGUUUCAUGAACUAUGGUUGAACACAGUCAUAGUUCCCCCACUCUAUUGGAGAAUUGAUGAAGUGGCGUAUGAAUAUUUAUUAGAUUGUGAUGACGUUGCGUUGGUUUGUAACCUUUAAGGGGCGGCCAGACACGGUGCGUAAUUAAUAUUCAUGAGUUGGCCACAUGGUGGGUAAAAUGCGUCCAUCGCUGUACAGAACAAAAAAAUCUUUGGUAUAAAUGCUGCCACCAAGUGGCAAUAUGAUGUAUUUUUCCUGCCUGAUACAGUUAAAAUCAUAAAACAAAGAUUUCAUUUUCAAAAUACAUUGAUAACAAAGUACAUUUAUACUGCUAUACUAUUAUACUGCUUAUAUUAUAGUAUUCAAACAUAAUAGAGCUAUUUUUUUUAGUUUGUAAGCUGAAAGAUUUAGGUUUUAGACAUUUGAUGGAUCAUUUUAACUAUUUUACAUAUCAGUUACCGUUGCUCAGCUACCCACAGAGCUUGCAGAAAUCUGAUUGGUUCACACAGAAUGCUGAGCCAGGAGGAAACUGCUUGUCUGUUCCCUUGAGGAAUGGUGUCAUGGCAAUAAGCAUCACAUAGUACCUGUUAUAUGGGUGGGGCUGCUUGUUGUUAUGAUGAGACAGCUAUGUGGUCAAACAAUGGUUGUGUUUUCUUCAUCUGUCUUGUAAUGUUGUUAUAAACUUACUUAGCUUCAUAUUUUCUUUGUAAAUACUAAAUAUGAACACAAAUCGCUGGGUAAGACUUUUCACAUGGCAACGCAUGAACAAGAAUAGUGAAGAGGAAGAGAAUAAGGAACAAGAACCGAAAGAGAAGAAGAAAGAAGAGACUACAAAAUUGAACUGGAAGGAAUGGAUAAUUGAUCCAUCUGAAGAGUUUUAUUACACAUGGUUACAAAUUAUGAUACUACCUAUCUGCUACAAUUGGGUCAUCAUAAUAUUCAGGACAUGCUUCUAUGCAAUUGAGGAAAAGUUUGUGGCAACAUGGCUCACCUUGGAUUAUAUCUGUGACUUGUUCUAUGUGCUUGACACAGUUAUUGGGUUUCGCACAGGUUUUCUGGAGCAGGGUAUCCUGGUGCGAGACUUGUCCCUUUUAAAAAAGCGUUACAUGCGCUCCUCUCGCUUCAAGUGGGACAUUGCCUCCCUGUUGCCCACUGAUCUACUCUACCUGAAACUGGGGAUCCACACACCUCUAGUUCGGGUCAACCGCUUCCUGCGAACGAGCCGUAUGAAUGAGGCCCUGGACCGCAUGGAAACACGCACAUCCUAUCCAAACACCUUCCGCGUCGCCAAACUCAUGCUGUAUAUUUUCGUGCUCAUCCACUGGAACGCCUGCGUCUACUUCUCUCUGUCUAAUUACAUAGGCUUCGGUGCAGAUCCCUGGGUCUAUCCCAACAUCUCAGACCCGGACUUUGCUGCCACGAGACGCCAGUACUUCUACUGCUUCUGGUUUUCCACUCUCAUCCUCACCACAGUGGGUGACACUCCGCCGCCCGAACGUGAAGAAGAGUAUCUGUUUUUGGUCGCAGACAUGUUGAUCGCCGUGCUGGUGUUUGCUUCUGUCGUGGGGAGCAUGGGGGACGUGAUAUCAAGCUUGCGUGAUCGUGACAACGUGUUUUUUCCCAAUCAUGAGCUGGUGAAGGGUUACCUGCGCAGCCGGCGCAUCAGCAAAGAACUGCAGAAACGCGUCAACGACUGGUACCAGCAUCUCCACAUCAACAAGUGGAAAGAUCACACGGAGAAUGAGAUUCUUCGGCAUCUCAUCACACUUCAGACAGCGAUUGCCGUGAGUGUGCAUCUGCCCACUAUGUCCAAAGUCACCAACACCCUUCAGAACUGUGAGAACAGUCUGUUGGAGCAGCUGGUACUUAAACUCACCCCACAGGUGUAUAGCCCAGGAGAGUAUGUUUGCAAGAAGGGAGAUGUAGGUCAUGAGAUGUACAUCAUUAAAGAGGGGAAGCUGGCAGUGGUUGCAGAUGAUGGAGUUACUCAGUUUGCUGUUCUGGGGGAAGGAAACUUCUUUGGAGAAAUCAGUAUCUUGAAUAUCAAAGGUAACAAAUCAGGAAAUAGACGAACAGCCAACAUUCGCAGCAUUGGUUACUCAGAUCUUUUCAGCCUAUCGAAAGAGGACCUGACUGAAACACUUCUUGAGUACCCUGCAGCCAAACGCCUGUUGGAGGAGAAGGGUCAUCAGAUCCUAACAAAGAUGGGGAUGCUGGAAGAGACAGACGAAGGGGAGGGAGAGGUGGAGAAAACGGAGGACAAGGUGAAGCGCUUAGAGGCCAGCCUAGAGGCCCUGCAGACCAAACUAGCUCGGCUGAUAGCUGAACUGGAGUCUAGUGCCCGGAAAAUGAUGCAAAGAGUGGAACUACUGGAAUUGCAGACCGCAGGAUGGGAAGGCAUUGUGGCCGAGGGGCCACAGGGAGAAAUAGAAGAGUGGGAAAAAGUAAAAGAGAGGGAGAUUGGGAUGGGGGAUGGGGAUGGGGAUGGGGAGAAGGAAGAAGAAAAGGAAGAAGAAGAGGACCCAAUAGUGGAAGGAGAGAGAGGAGAGGGUGAUGGAGGAGAGGAAAGCCUGGGAGAAAAGGAGAAGAAUGCAGGAGGGAUUGAGGAAAGUGAAAACGAAAAAGAAGAGACAGAGGAAGAGCAAAUAAAGACAGAAACACAGGAUCAGAAAAGAGAUUAAAUGUAAGUAGGUGAUAUUUGUAAAAUAUUCAAAUAUAUGUAAAAUAUACCGUUUAAAUGUUUGGGGUACAUUUAUAAAUCAUGGAUGCUUUAAAAUGAUCAAAAGUGACAGUAAAGCCAUUUAGAAUGUUACAGAAGAUUUCUAUUAAUUUGAAUAAAAAAUUCUGGUAAAAUAAAUCCACUUUGCCAUCACAGGAAUAAAUUAGCCUGCAUUUUAAAAUAUGUUACAACAGUUAUUUUGAAUUGUAAUAAUAUUGCAGAAUAUUACUUUGUAUUUGAUCAAAUAAACGCAGCCUUGAUGUGCAGAAGAGAUUUCUUUCAAAAGCAUUUAAAAACGCGUUUGAACAGUAUAGUGUAUAUCAGUGUACCAUACUAUGAAUGUAAUGAAAUUGUGGCUUAUCGAUACAAAAGACAAUCUGUACUGUUAUGAGUACAGUUUUAUGAGAUGCA